UAGCCCGUUUCUGUAUCUUAGCGAUAUGAAUUAUAUCGCAAAAUGCAACCCAACUGCAUAGUUAUCGCAAGGUAGUGUUUCUGUAAGUGAGGUGUAAAUGAAUUUUCGAUAUACCUUGCGAUAUUUAUAUCGCCAGCUCUAAGUGUUGUGAUAUUUGGCGCAAAAAGGAAAAUGAGUGAAAAAAAAACUAGAAGUGGGAAAAUUACAAAAAUUCAGAAAGUAAAACUUCUGGAUUUAAUGAAAAACAACAAGAAGGUGGCAAUGGGUAAUUUUGGCGGUCCAAAUAGCGCCUCGCACAACCGCAAUGUGUGGGAAGCCGUUGCUGUGGAGCUUAACGCAGCUGGAGGAGCUUGCAAAACAGCCGAGCAGUGGAAAAAGAGUUGGGCCGACUGGAAGUGCGCAGUAAAAAAACAGCAGGCAGAAAUUAAAAGGUUUCAAAACCGAACCGGCAAUUUGCCUGCGAGCGGAGGACCUGCACCGCUGGAAGAAAUUGAGCCGCAAGGUCAAGCAAUCGACGCCUUAUUGCUCAGGCUCGAAACGAAGACUUCAGUGCUAGUGAUUUGUUACGCGGAAAACUUAGGCAAUUAUCAGAACUAUGGAACGAAUAAUAGGCUACCAACGCAGAUUACUGGGCUUGAAAAUAAUGUUAACGGGGAUAGUCACACCAGGAUUGAAAAUACUCUAAGCAAUAACGCGAUUUGUAAUGUGCAUGAAUCAAUGAUCUCGGAUGAGAAUGAAGCUCCCAGUACAAUAGCCGAAGAUAUAAAGAUUCAGAAACAACUAGUUCAAGCAUUCCAAAUGUAA